UUAAAUUGGUCACGUGGGUGCAACGUUGUAGCAGCAGUAGCAGGGAUGAAGAAAGGGAAUUGGCGUGACAGGGGCAGGGACCGAAGGCGACUCGGUUACCGCUCUGACUGGCAAAGGGACAACGCAAGGCACAGAACACAGGAACAAAGGUAUGGCAGUAGUGAAGCAGGCCCCUCCUACAGAGACAGGACCCCAGAGAGUAGGCCUAUUUCUAAUAGUGCAGCCUCCUCCUCCUCCUCCUCUGCUGCUCCAGAGCUGCCGGGGUUCUACUUUGACGCUGAGAAGAACCGUUACUUCCGGCUGCUGCCGGGCCAUAACAACUGUAACCCUCUGACCAGAGGGCUGCUGCAGGAGAGAGAGCAGGAGAAACACAGGGCCAGGAUGAUCACUGAGGACGAGAGGCCCAGGAAGAAAGCACCAAGAACAGGCCUGAACUCAGCUCUGCUGCUGCAGAAAAGACACCUGGGUCUGCUGCCUGGGAACUCUUACAGUAGGCUGAUCCAUGAGAUGAAGGUGAGUGGGAUGAGACGUCACAGACUGGAGGUCCAGAGCUCUGACAGCAGCAGUCCCAACACAGACAACUUUAGACUCAUAGUGGGUGACUCUGCAUGUGAGCGAGUGUUCACGGUUAACGACGUGUCUCACGGAGGCUGCAAGUACGGCAUCAUGAACUUCAGAGGCUGCAGCAGGGGCUCCCUGUCUGUCGAGAUGUGUGACAACCUCUACUUUACAAAUAGAAAGGUGAACUCUAUCUGCUGGGCCUCCGUCACCCACUCUGACUCACACGUCCUCCUGUGUCUGGUGGGCAUGGCAGAGACUCCUGGCUGUGUCAGUUUACUACCAGCCUCGCUCUUCAGCAACUCCAACCCAGACCAGCCGGGGAUGCUGUGUAGCUUUAAGAUCUCUACAGCCUGGUCCUGUGCCUGGUGUCUCAACCCUCAGGCCGACAAAACAUUUAGCACUGGUCUGUCUCGCAGGGUGAUAGUGACGGACGCAGUGACGGGCAGGAGACAGACGUAUGGCAUCGGCAGUGAUGUGUUGGCACAGCAGUUUGCCCUCAGGGCUCCGGUCCUGUUUAAUGGCUGUAGGUCAGGAGAGAUCUUCAGUAUCGACCUGCGUCAGAAAGGCAGACGGGACCACAGCUGGAAGGCCUGCAGGUUCUACCAGGACUCUGCUAUCACCUCCGUACGAAUACUACAGGAUGAGAACUACCUACUGGCCGCGGACAUGAUUGGAGAGAUCAAGCUGUGGGAUGUACGAGUAACAAAACCAGUGCAGAAGUACGAGGGUCAUCAUAACCAACACGCCUACUUACCCCUCCACGUCAACGAACCUGAGGGACUGCUGAUGGCUGUGGGUCAGGACUGCUACACCCGUCUGUGGUCUCUGGCGGACGGCCAGCUCCUGAGGACCAUCCCAUCUCCCCACCCUGCUGGGAAGGACAUGAUCCCCAGCGUGGUCUUCUCCUCCCAGCUAGGAGGCAGCAGAGGCCUGCCUGGUCUCCUCAUGGCUGUCAGGCACGAUCUGUACUACUUCCCUUAUAACAGUGACUACCAGGAGGGAGGAGGGGUAGUAGCAGAGGCAGCCUGCUAGGGGAGGGCUUGGCUGAGGCAGCCUGCUAGGGGAGGGCUUGGCUGAGGCAGCCUGCUAGGGGAGGGCUUGGCUGAGGCAGCCUGCUAGGGGAGGGCUUGGCUGAGGCAGCCUGCUAGGGGAGGGCUUGGCUGAGGCAGCCUGCUAGGGGAGGGCUUGGCUGAGGCAGCCUGCUAGGGGAGGGCUUGGCUGAGGCAGCCUGCUAGGGGAGGGCUUGACUGGACCUUGGUUAAAAGGGGUAGUAGUCAGGGGCUCACUACUCU